AAGGAUGUUAUGCUGAUGAGGCAUAUUUCACACUUGAAAGAUGCAGGGAUUUGAAUUUUGCUACCAUCUUACGUUGUAAAGUAGUGGUGACGCUUACAGCAUGGGACAGUACAUACACAUGUUCAUACUAGCACCAUGGUAAUAUUCAUUCUGCACCCACAGAUUCUGAACAGGGAUGGAGGGACACUCAGCCGGUGGCUCAGCGCAGAUCUCUGUCAGGAUGCUCUAGAGCUGAGAUGGCUCCGUUUCCUGUGAAGCGCUCCUGGAGUUCCUGCUUGGCGUGAGCUCCUUCGUGAAACUGUCGCUGCUUCAUGGUCCAGGGACCGGGCGUUCUGAGUGGGAGAACGGUAUCUGAGCAUAGCAGCGAGCCUGCCUUCCUCCCUGGCAGGAUGAACCGCUACACCACCCUGAGGCAGCUGGGUGACGGCACCUACGGCAGUGUGCUCAUGGGCAAGAGCAACGAGUCCGGCGAACUGGUGGCCAUUAAGAGGAUGAAGAGAAAGUUCUACUCUUGGGAAGAAUGUAUGAACUUGAGAGAAGUGAAAUCUCUGAAGAAGCUGAGUCAUGCCAACGUUGUGAAACUAAAGGAAGUCAUCAGGGAGAACGAUCAUCUCUACUUCGUCUUUGAGUACAUGAAAGAGAAUCUCUACCAGCUGAUGAAGGACAGGGAAAAUAAGAUGUUCUCUGAAAAUGAGAUCAGGAACAUCAUGUUCCAGGUGCUGUCUGGCUUAGCGUUUGUCCACAAGCAUGGUUUUUUCCAUCGGGACAUGAAGCCCGAGAACCUGCUCUGCAUGGGCCCGGAGCUCGUCAAGAUCGCGGACUUCGGAUUAGCGCGGGAAAUCCGCUCUCGGCCGCCGUACACUGACUACGUGUCCACGCGAUGGUAUCGAGCUCCAGAGGUGUUGCUGCGCUCCUCGGUGUACAGCUCCCCCAUAGACAUGUGGGCGGUGGGCUGCAUCAUGGCCGAGCUCUACACCCUGCGGCCCCUCUUCCCCGGGAACAGCGAGGUGGACGAGAUCUUCAAGAUCUGCCAGGUCCUGGGGACAGUUAAAAAGAGCGACUGGUCGGAGGGCUACCAGCUGGCGGCGGCCAUGAACUUCCGCUUCCCGCAGUGCGUCCCCACCAACCUGAAGACCCUCAUCCCCAACGCCAGCAGCGAGGCCAUAUCUCUGAUGAGAGACCUGCUGCAGUGGGACCCGCAGAAGCGACCCACAGCCGCCCAGGCUCUGCGGUACCCCUACUUCCAGGUGGGCCAGGUGCUGGGCCCUCCCCCACAGUACGUAGGGCAGCAGAAGGCCCAGGUGAGGACGGUCCAGGCCCCGGAGCCCAAGCCCCUCCCCCUGGGCAAGCCAGAUCAGCAUUCCCCAGCUCGGAGGACUUCGAUCCCCGCCCCGGUUCCCGCCAGGGCCCACCAGCAGCCCCUGCAGCAGAUCCCCCUGCCCCAGGAGAGCCUGCAGUCCCACGGCCACAAGCAGGAGCAGCCGGCCUCUCCCACCCCCAAGAACAGCAGCCCCCCUGUGAAACCAUCUCCUUCGGGGACUGAGAACAGCGCUGUCGGGGUCAAGAGUGGCCGGAGACGCUGGGGUCAGACUGCCGUGAAAACGGUCGAUAGUUGGGAUGAGUUUGAUGACUCAGACAUGGGAGUGUCCUUCUCCAAAAAACCCAGCAUGGUGUCCAUCAAGGAGAAAGCGCUGGAGGGACAACUGGAACCAAAGCCGCUUAGUACCUACACUGCUGUGAUCAAAUUGCCAAGCAUUGCCACCACCCUCAACAGGACCGACUCUGAGACCUCCAACUCCUCAGCAAGACAGCAUUACCUGCGGCAGUCCAGAUACCUGCCAGGAGUGAAUCCUAAGAACACAUCCUUGAUUGGGAACAAGGAGCCAGGCCGAAGUCUAUGGGGCAAUCCUACCUCUCUAGUGAAUAAACCACUGGGGCCCAUUGGAUCUGAUCUCUCCGUCUCUAGAGUUAAUGCAGAAGAUCCUAAACCUACUGAUAAAUCCAUUGUAAGAGAAAAGACUCUCGACAAAGUAGAACUGCCCAAAGGUACCUGUCAUUUCACUCUGAGAAACUUUAUGACCUCAAACUACAACCCAGGUGGAGGUUAUGUGUCCUCCUUUCAGAAGAAGGAGGUGGGAUCUGCAGGACAGAGGAUUCAGCUUGCCCCCCUUGGAAGCACGUCUGCAAUUGACCUUUCUCCCACUGCUGAACUUAAAACUGAUAAACCGAGACCAUCCAAGCUUAAGUCCACUUCCAAUAAGGCCUUGGUUGAAACAACUGAAGAGUAUGAAGGGUGGAAGAGCAAGAUGGCAAAAUCCCAAAUCCCUGGAUCCAGCUUUACGAUGCCAGGAAAGUCCCUUCUGUCCAGAGCACCCCCUAUACAGCCAGUGCAUGGAAGAGUAGACUGGGCAGCCAAAUAUGGAAGCCAUCGGUAGCUCUGCCUACUUGGACCCUUCCUAGCCCCACCCAGAAAGACAUAUACACACUGUUUCCUCAUACCCCUCACUCACAGAUGCAUGGCUACCCUGUGGGCUGCACAGGGAAGGACCUGUCCACUGCUCAGGAGGGCUUCUCCAUCUUAUGGAGGCCAUCAUGACUGCUGAUGCUUCGUCCGCUGACAGUGCAAAUUGUGGUUCCUUUUGGACUGAUGAUGUCAUGCUCGUCUCAAGAAAGGAUUUUUUUUUUUGGGGAGGGUUUUAAAAACAAAAAUCUGUUAGCCACAUUUGUUUUGAUUCAGGUGAUUUCAACAUGAGAAUGUUUUAUGUUGAAAAGCAGGUCAUGGGGAUGGAACAAAAAAAAGAAAUUGACUUCCGGCCACGAAGGCUGGCAUUUAUACUCGCUACACAAGUGUUUUGUAAUUAAGGGAAGUUUUGGAAACUUUUUUUGAUUAACCAUUUAAACAAAUUUACUUGCAUAUUAUUUUUAACUUUUACUACGAUAAAUUUAUAUAAAAGAGCGUGAGACUUUCAUUUGGCAUUAAAUAAUCAGAGAUGGUUUCAGGAUGUUUUAUGUGAUGUUCACGUGUGAAGUAGAUACGCACUCAUGCAGGGAAGUACAGUGCACUGCUGUGUUAGCAGAGGUUCUAUUCCCUCUUAUGUCCAAUGUUAAGUUUUGGUCUUUUUUCUUUGUCCAAGUUCAGUGUUUCUUGCUGCACAGCAUUGACCAGGGUCCUACUUCAUUGGCAUAAUUAGUUUAGAACUUGGGUGGCUCUCCUUCCCACAUUCAAAAGGCAUUUUAAACAAACCGGCUAAAAAGAGGAAGGAAGGAUAAUUACACCCUAACACUACCCUGAAAUGAACAUCAGACCCGUCUGAUCUUAAUGUCCAUUUAAACAUUACAUAUUUACUUCAAUCAGUUACAUGUACUCUUUGCAAAGAAAAAUCUGAAAACCGUCUGACCAGAUGUGUAAAGAUGAAGACUGGUAUGCUUAAUACAUGCAUGUGUUUUUGCAUAGAAGCAUUUAAAGAGGAAUUUUCCUCUUUGGUAUUAAUAUUUUUAUAUUUACCUUUUGAAAAGUAACAUUACUAUAACCUUACAUUUUCUUUAGAUAAUUAAAUGUAUAAACACAUUUAUCUAAACUUUGUAUACUCCGAUGUUUCAGAAUAAAUCCCUGGGGUGCAAGCUUACAUCUAAACAGCUAACUGACUGAACCAGGCAUGCCAUGUUUAUAAAACCUGCAGAAUG